GUUCUCCCUUUCUCUGCUCACGUUCACUCCUCCCAACAAUCGAUGCUCUGACUCCGUCUCCAUCUAUCUCCACGGCAAUGGCGCAUCUCUUCAGGGACCUAUCUCUCGGCCACUCCAAGAGGGAGUCAACACCGCCACCGACACCGCCACCGCUCCAAAUAUUGCCACCGACCAGACUCAUCGCCUCCGAUCUCCAAUCUCCACUUGGCCAACUCGCUUCGCAACUCACCGAUUCCGACCUCCGCCUCACCGCCUUCGACGUUUUCCUUGCUGUGUGCCGCACAUCCUCUGCCAAACCUCUCUCCACUUCCGCUUCUUCCAAUUUGGACUCACCUAACCUCAACUCGCCUAGUAACCACUCUCCCGCCGUGCAGCGUUCGCUUACAUCUGCAGCUGCUAGUAAAAUGAAGAAAGCUUUAGGGUUGAAAUCCCCCGGUUCUUCUUCCGGCUCUAAAAAGAGUCCGGGUUCCGGGCCUGGCUCGGGGUACGCCAAGUCCAAGCGACCGACGACUGUCGGUGAGCUCAUGAGGCAGCAAAUGCGGGUGUCGGAGGCUGUUGAUUCACGAGUGAGGAGAGCUCUCUUGAGGAUCGUCGCUGGCCAGGUUGGAAAACGAAUUGAGUCCGUGGUUCUUCCACUAGAGCUAUUACAGCAGCUCAAGUCUUCAGAUUUUACAGAUCAACAAGAAUAUGAAGCUUGGCAGAAAAGAAACCUGAAGGUUCUUGAGGCUGGACUACUUUUGCAUCCUCGUGUGCCACUUGAUAAGUCAAAUACCAAUUCGCAGCGGCUACGCCAAAUUAUUCAUGCAGCCCUAGAUAGACCAAUAGAAACUGGAAAGAACAAUGAGUCAAUGCAAGUUCUUCGCAGUGCUGUUAUGUCUCUUGCUUGCAGAUCUGAUGGGUCUCUCUCUGAUUCAUGCCACUGGGCUGAUGGCUUUCCUCUGAAUCUCAGACUCUAUGAAAUGCUUUUGGAAUCAUGUUUUGAUAUUAAUGAUGAAACAUCUAUUAUUGAGGAAGUAGAUGAACUUAUGGAGCAUAUAAAGAAGACUUGGGGAAUCCUUGGAAUCAACCAGGUGCUCCAUAACCUUUGUUUUACAUGGGUUCUAUUUCAACGUUUUGUUGCAACUGGGCAGGUGGAAAUGGACCUGUUGUACGCUGCUGAUAGCCAACUAGCAGAAGUGGCAAAGGAUGUGAAGGUGACCAAAGAUCCAGAUUACUCCAAGAUUUUAAGUUCUACAUUGAGUUCAAUGCUGGGCUGGGCAGAGAAAAGGCUUCUUGCAUACCAUGACACUUUUGAUAGUGUAAAUAUUGGGAGCAUGCAGGGCAUUGUUUCCUUGGGAGUAUUGGCAGCCAAAAUUUUGGUUGAGGAUUUAUCAACUGAGUAUCGCAGAAAGAGGAAAGGAGAAGUUGAUGUAGCUUGGAACAGAGUUGACACUUAUAUUAGGUCAUCAUUACGCACUGCUUUUGCUCAGAGAAUGGAGAAAGCAGACUCAAGCAGGAGAGCCUCCAGAAACCAGCCCAAUCCCCUUCCUGUCCUUGCAAUCCUUGCUAAGGAUGUUGGUGAGCUUGCAGUUAAUGAGAAGCAGGUAUUCAGCCCGAUACUGAAGAAAUGGCAUCCUUUUGCAGCAGGUGUGGCUGUGGCCACACUUCAUGCUUGUUAUGGAAAUGAGCUAAAACAGUUCAUUUCAAGCAUAACAGAGUUAACAGCAGACGCUGUACAAGUUUUGAGAGCUGCAGAUAAACUGGAGAAAGAUCUUGUGCAAAUUGCUGUUGAGGAUUCUGUAGACUGUGAUGAUGGUGGGAAGGCUAUAAUUCGUGAGAUGCCUCCUUAUGAGGCAGAAGCUGCAAUUGCCAAUUUGGUUAAAUUGUGGAUGAAGUCUAAGUUAGACAGACUUAAAGAAUGGGUUGAUAGGAAUUUGCAGCAAGAGGUUUGGAAUCCACAAGCAAACCAAGAAGGAUAUGCUCCCUCUGCUGUUGAAAUGUUGCGAAUUAUUGAUGAAACUUUAGAUUCAUUCUUUCAGUUGCCAAUACCUAUGCAUCCUGCAUUGCUACCUGAUUUGAUGUCUGGUCUUGACAAAUGUCUUCAAUAUUAUGCAACCAAGGCAAAAUCUGGCUGUGGAUCACGGAAUACGUAUAUCCCUACUAUGCCAGCAUUGACCAGAUGUACAACAGGUUCAAAGUUGGGUGUGUUUAAGAAGAAAGAGAAGUUACCGAACUCUCAGAAGAGAAAUUCUCAGGUUGCAACAAUGAAUGGAGAUAGUUCCUUCGGGUUGCCACAGCUUUGUGUUCGUAUAAAUACUUUGCACCAGCUCCGGACUGAGAUGGAAGUUAUUGAGAGGAGGAUAAUAACCCACUUGAGGAACUGUGAAUCUGCACAUGUAGAAGACUUUUCAAAUGGUUUGAGCAAGAAAUUUGAACUUACACCUGCGGCUUGUGUGGAAGGGGUUCAACAACUCUCUGAGGCAGUAGCUUACAAAAUCAUUUUCCAUGACCUAAGCCAUGUUUUAUGGGAUGGUUUGUAUGUAGGGGAGCCAUCAUCUUCUAGGAUUGAUCCCCUCCUCCAAGAGCUGGAGCAAACCUUGCUGAUCACUUCAGACACUGUGCAUGAAAGAGUACGUACACGAAUUAUAACUGAUAUCAUGAGAGCUUCCUUUGAUGGGUUCUUGCUGGUUUUACUUGCUGGAGGACCUUCUCGUGCUUUCUCUCGGCAGGACUCUCAGAUAUUAGAGGAUGAUUUCAAAGCCCUUAAAGAUCUAUUUUGGGCCAAUGGUGACGGUUUGCCAGCUGACCUUAUAGAUAAGUAUUCAGGUACUGUUAGGGGUGUGCUUGCCCUCUUCCGAACAGAUACAGAGAGCCUAAUUGAGCGUUUCAGACGAGUGACACUGGAGACAUACGGGUCAUCAGCAAAGUCCAGACUCCCAUUACCUCCAACAUCAGGGCAGUGGAAUCCAACUGAGCCAAACACACUCCUACGCGUACUAUGUUACCGGAAUGAUGAGGCAGCUUCAAAGUUCCUCAAGAAGACCUACAAUCUGCCUAAGAAAUAAUGACCUUUAGUUACGGUGCCCGGCAACCAAGGAAAGCUGCUUCUUUUGUAGUAAUUUGACUCGCAGAAUAUUCGUGGUUCUAAAUGUAUUUAUUUACUUAGGGAGAUGGCUAAGAUAUGAUGCUUGGUUGGCUGCAGUAGCACUGAUCUUGUAUAGUACAUCGGGAUGCCCUCUCCGGCUGCCAGUCACCACACUGCAGAGUUGAUGAACAUGCAAAUUACAGACGAAAAUGGGGACCUUUCGGAGGCUGGCAUGGGAGAGGUGGGUGGAUAUUCAUUAUAUCAUUGUAUUUAAUGAAUUUUAUAUUGUUUUGUCCCCUGAAUUCUAUUUGCUUCGUUCUCUAUUGCAUUAGCAACAUUUUUUCCCCCAUUACAGGCAUAUUAUUCAGUGUGUAUAAUAAAUCAGUCUUUUAUUGUUUGCCGUCAGAAUAAGGUUUAUUAGUCCAA